CUUCUUCGUCUCCAUUAAGCCAUUGGCGUUCUUAUAGUUUUAUAUAUAUACAUAUAUAUAUAUAUAUGUUCCCUGAAUUAAACAAACCCAACCAGGAACAGUAUUUUUCUCUACAUUUCAGUGCUCUUAAUUUUUUUUAAAAAAAUUCCUCUUUUUUAAUAUUUUUCAUAGUUUUCUGUUGUUGUUUUUUUUUUUUUUUUGGUUGUGUUUUUAAUAAGAUUGAGUGUAUCAAUCCAUGGCUGGUUUGGAUUUAGGCAAUCGCUAUAUUCACCAACUUCAAAGACCUGAUUUCAACCUUCAUCACCCGCACCACCACCCCGACACUCAAUCUGAUCAUGAAGACGAAUCAGAUCAGCCGUUGGAUUUCGUCUCCGCCGCCACUGACAUGGCGGUCUCUCGCCGUCCCCGUGGCCGUCCAGCUGGCUCCAAAAACAAACCCAAGCCCCCGGUUAUCAUUACCCGGGAAAGCGCCAAUACCCUAAGGGCUCAUAUUUUUGAAGUUGGAAGCGGCUGCGAUGUCUUUGAUAGCAUCGCCAUCUACGCCCGCCGCCGUCAACGGGGGAUAUGCAUCUUGAAUGCCAACGGAAUGGUAACUAAUCUCAACUUACGCCAACCGACGGGGACCGGUGCUGUCUUAAACCUACAAGGGAGGUUCGAGAUAUUAUCGCUUACCGGAUCUUUCCUACCGCCGCCUGCUCCUCCCGGCGCUACUAGUUUGACCAUAUAUUUAGCGGGUGGUCAAGGGCAAGUCGUCGGUGGGAAUGUUGUCGGAGAGUUGGUGGCAGCCGGGCCAGUAACUGUCAUCGUCGCAUCGUUUGCAAAUGUAGCAUACGAGAGACUCCCACUCGAAGAACAAGAACAAGAACAAGAACAAGAUCAGAUGCAGCCACCAACGUCGGAGGGCGGUGGAGGCAGGGGAGGCCCAUUUCCAGAUCCAUCUUCAGGGCUUCCUUUCUUCAAUUUGCCUCUAAAUAUGCCGAACCACAUUCAGCUACCAUUCUAACAAAUCUAUUGUUGAUGUUGGUGUUGAUGUUCAUGGGAGACUCCAAAUUAAAGGUUAGAACUUUGAGAAGAUUUCAUGGAAUUCAAUUAAUAUUAUAGUUUCUUCUAUCUUCAUCUUUCUUCACUCUUUUCUACUUUUCAAUCGUGUAUCAUUUCUGGGUAACUCUUCUUUCAUGUUA